GGCGGCGAUUGGUUGGCGAGCCGGCCGCACGCGGACGGGCCCGGCCUGCUCUGUUACGACAGAGGCCCAGCGGCGAGGCCGGGCUACCCCGAGAGUAAGAUCAGGUAGAACGGCAUCAUGCCCUCCGACCUGGCCAAGAAGAAAGCGGCCAAGAAGAAGGAAGCCGCCAAAGCCCGGCAGCGCCCCAAAAAGGGGCCCGAGGAGAACGGAGAUGCCACCAUGGAGCCUCGGGCAGCGGAGGAGAAGAGCGAUGAGGCCAACGGCGGAGAAACCACGGAAGUGGACGUGCUGACCAAGGAGCUGGAGGACUUCGAGAUGAAGAAAGCAGCCGCCCGGGCGGUCACCGGGGUCCUGGCCUCCCACCCCAACAGCACCGACGUCCACAUCAUCAACCUCUCGCUCACGUUCCACGGCCAGGAGCUGCUCAGCGACACCAAGCUGGAGCUCAACUCCGGCCGGCGCUAUGGCCUCAUCGGCUUGAACGGGAUCGGAAAGUCCAUGCUCCUGUCCGCCAUCGGGAAGCGGGAAGUGCCCAUCCCCGAGCACAUCGACAUCUACCACCUGACCCGGGAGAUGCCCUCCAGCGAGAAGACCCCACUGCAGUGCGUCAUGGAGGUGGACACCGAGCGGGCCAUGCUGGAGAGGGAGGCGGAGCGGCUGGCCCACGAGGAUGCGGAGUGCGAGAAGCUUAUGGAGCUGUACGAGCGGCUAGAGGAGCUGGACGCGGACAAAGCGGAGAUGCGGGCCUCGCGCAUCCUCCACGGCCUGGGCUUCACGCCCGCCAUGCAGCGCAAGAAGCUCAAGGACUUCAGUGGCGGCUGGAGGAUGCGAGUCGCCCUGGCCAGAGCCCUGUUCAUCCGGCCCUUCAUGCUGCUACUGGACGAGCCCACCAACCACCUGGACCUGGACGCCUGCGUAUGGCUGGAGGAAGAACUGAAGACCUUCAAGCGCAUCCUGGUCCUCGUGUCCCACUCCCAGGACUUCCUGAACGGGGUCUGCACCAACAUCAUCCACAUGCACAACCGCAAGCUCAAAUACUACACGGGUAAUUACGAUCAGUAUGUGAAGACACGCCUGGAGCUGGAGGAGAACCAGAUGAAGCGGUUCCACUGGGAACAGGAUCAGAUCGCUCACAUGAAGAACUACAUCGCCCGGUUCGGGCACGGCAGCGCCAAGCUGGCCCGGCAGGCCCAGAGCAAGGAGAAGACGCUGCAGAAGAUGAUGGCGUCGGGGCUGACGGAAAGGGUCGUGAGCGACAAGACUCUGUCGUUUUAUUUCCCGCCGUGCGGGAAGAUCCCGCCCCCAGUCAUCAUGGUGCAGAAUGUGAGCUUCAAGUACACAAGCGACGGGCCGUGCAUCUACAACAACCUGGAAUUUGGCAUUGACCUUGACACACGGGUGGCCCUGGUCGGACCGAACGGCGCAGGGAAGUCGACCUUAUUAAAGCUGCUGACCGGAGAGCUGCUGCCCACCGAUGGGAUGAUCCGGAAACACUCCCACGUCAAGAUCGGGCGCUACCAUCAGCAUUUGCAGGAACAGCUGGACUUGGACCUGUCCCCGCUGGAGUACAUGCUCAAGUGCUACCCCGAGAUCAAGGAGAAGGAGGAGAUGCGGAAGAUCAUCGGUCGCUACGGCCUGACCGGGAAGCAGCAGGUGAGCCCCAUCCGCAACCUGUCGGACGGGCAGAAGUGCCGCGUCUGCCUGGCCUGGCUGGCCUGGCAGAACCCACACAUGCUCUUCCUGGACGAACCCACCAACCACCUGGACAUCGAGACCAUCGACGCGCUGGCCGACGCCAUCAACGAGUUUGAGGGGGGCAUGAUGCUGGUCAGCCACGACUUCCGCCUCAUCCAGCAGGUGGCCCAGGAGAUCUGGGUCUGUGAGAAGCAGACAAUCACCAAGUGGUCGGGCGACAUCCUGGCCUACAAGGAGCACCUCAAGUCCAAGCUGGUGGACGAGGAGCCGCAGCUCACCAAGAGGGCCCACAACGUGUGAGGCGGCCGGCGGAGCUCGGUCCGGGGACUGCCGGCGGCCGCUCCACCCCACCCCUGACCACCGGCCCGGGCUCGGACCCCUGUGCUCGCUCCCGGCCCUUCCUCCCCCGCCCCCUUCCUUAGCAGCACUCAGUUACCCGUCCACCCGUGGCCACGACCGUCUGCGCCCCCUCCCCGGCCCCUUCCUCUGGGGAGGCCCGGAGGUGAAGGCUGGGACCGCCGCGGUCGGCCCCGGCCCGGGACCUCGGGACCGGCGAGGGAACCCGUCCCUUCCCGCCUGCCUCCCUCUCACCUCCCCCUUGCUUCCGGUCUGGAGCCCUGGGCCGGGAUCCUGGUCCCGGUUGGUUUUAACUGAAUUAUUUAACAGUGUAACUCUCCGCUCUGUCCAGAGCUCCACCACACGUCCAAUAAAGAGAGACAAAAGCACGACCCCACUGUCCUUCCCGAGCUGGGCUCCCCCCGCCCCCACCCUUCUCCCUUGUUCAGCCUGGCCUGGGUCAGGUGGAGGGACAGUCCGGCAGUGAGGCCAACGGCCUUGAAUCCGGCUCCUGGAGCCUGGACGGGAGCUGGGAUCGAGCACCUCCCAAUUCUAUGGUCUGGGGGUUUAGAGGUUUUUGGGGAGUUUUU